UCAAGGCGCCGCGACUUCCUUUGGCUUCCGUGGCUUCUGUCUUGGACCUUUUGGGAUAUUUUUUUCCCCGUCUGGGACGGAGCUGGACAUUGCGAAAACAGGACGUGUUCCGGAAAAUACAGAUUUAUGAGUACCAAUGCAGAAAUAGUGAAUGAAAACAAAGCUAUGACAAUCAAUACCAGCACAGGGCCAAUAGAAACUUCUAUCAAGCCUUUGCCAUUUAAAGCUCCAAGCUUUAUUCACUCUGGCACUGGUGGAGCAGCAGCUGGCAAGAAGAACAGAACAUGGAAGAAUCUGAAACAAAUCCUUUCCUCAGAAAGGACACUGCCUUGGCAACUAAAUGAUCCAAGCUACUUCAGUAUUGAUGCUCCUCCUUCAUUUAAACCAGUCAAAAAAUAUUCUGAUAUUUCAGGACUUCCUGCAGACUAUACUGACCCUCAGAGCAAACUGAGAUUUAGUACAACUGAGGAAUUUGCUUAUAUUCGAAUGCUUCCUUCAGAUGUGGUUAUGGGUUAUCUCACACUAAGGAAAGCCACAAAUGUUGUUCCCUGAGGAACAGAAAAAAAGCCAUCAUCUUUUUUAAAAUGUAGGAUACACAGGAUGUAUGUUAUCAAAUGAUAAAUGUUAUCAAUUCAAUUAAAGUAUGUAUUCUC